UUAUUUUUGUGUAUUUUCCUCCCCAGACCUGGCUGCAGCGCAACAUGUUUUACUGAUGAUCCCAAAUCAUGAAUUCCUCUGAACUCUGGAGCCCACAGACUAUGCAAUUCUGUUUUGACUUUGUUAAUAAUUCAUGUCACAGGAAUGUAAGGACUACACUCAGUCUUUGUGCUAUGUACAUCUUCAUGGGAGGAGCAACAGUGUUCACACUGGGUGGAAAUAUGUUUGUGAUCAUUUCCAUCUCUCACUUCAAGCAGCUUCAUUCUCCAACCAACUUGCUGAUCUGCUCCAUGGCAACUACAGACUUUUUGCUUAGUACCCUAGUUAUGCCAUACAGCAUGGUCAGGUCUGUUGAGUCAUGCUGGUAUUUUGGAGAGGUCUUCUGUAAACUCCAUACCUGUUGUGAUAUAAUGCUGUGUACCACUUCGAUUUUCCACCUGUGUUUUAUCUCUGUUGACCGUUACUAUGCCGUGUCUGACCCAUUGCAUUAUGUCACCAAAAUAACUAUCCCAGUGGUAGAGGUUUUCUUAUUAAUUAGUUGGUCUGUCCCGUUCAUAUUUGCCUUUGGCCUGGUUUUAUCAGAGAUGAAUACUGAUGGCAUUGAAAAUUAUGUGGCUUCAAUUGACUGCAGGGGUUUAUGUACACUCAUAGUUAAUAAGCUCUGGGGAGUGUUAGCUUCUCUUAUAGCCUUCUUUAUUCCAGGCACAGUCAUGGUGGGCAUUUAUGUCCACAUAUUUACUGUGGCAAGGAAACAUGACACACAAAUUGCUAAAGCCUCCAACAUGUUAAAACCAGUUUCAGACACAAAAAAUAAAAUCUCUACAAAAAUAGAAAGCAAAGCAACUAAAACAUUAAGCAUAGUCAUAGGUGUGUUUGUUUUUUGCUGGCUGCCAUUCUUUGUUCUUACAAUAACUGAUCCUUUCAUUAAUUUCUCAACCCCAGAAGACUUGUAUAAUGUCUUCCUCUGGCUGGGAUACUUCAAUUCUGCCUGUAAUCCAAUCAUUUAUGGUUUAUUUUAUCCUUGGUUUCGCCAAGCAUUUAAAAUGAUAGUGACAGGUAAGAUUUUCAGACCAGAUUCAUCUACUCUUAAUCUGUUUCCUGCAGAUACUUAAUCAAUCAGAGAGGGUUUAUUGAAUAAGCUAAUACAUGUCUAUGCUGCUUCUAGAGUACUUUUAGAGUAGUUCACAUGUGGAUUCAUGUCUUAAUAUAUUAUUAUUCAGGAACAUACUUUUGAAGAAGCUUGUGUUUAGCACAUCACUGGGUAUAUGGCAUACAUCAUGCUUAGCACUUUGUCUCCGUGAAUUUUUUUUAGAAAGUAGGAAGUGACGCAGUGGUCUAGCCAAAUACA